GAGGGGAGUGAGUGCGUGUGGGGAAGUCUGGAGCAAGCAUGGUCGGCUUAGUGUGCCAUUGGCGUCUCUCGGUUACACACACACUCACACACACUGUUCCUCCAGGAGUACUCUGCCCCAACAUCUCAGUGUUGCUUGGGCUCCUUAACCGUCAUUCUAACUUCAUGCUCCGACAACUUUAUAUUGAUCUGGACCCUGUAACACCCUGGACCCCGACCCUGUAACAACGCUCAACUCUACGCUCUUAUAUCCUAUAGGACCGCGAUGAGGAUUGUCGUAAAAUAUGGACUCGGCUCAAUAUUCUUUGCUACUGCAGUGGUGUAUUUAGAGUACACUGAACACUUGCCUAGAUUCAAUGAACUGUUGGCCAUCCUUAACUACAAUACAAGCACCCCGCUCGUGAAUAACACUCAGAAAACGAAAGAAGUCAAGGGGGAUGAUUCAGCUUUCAUUAAGCUCUUGCAUGAGCCAACAUCUCACCCACUAGCUUCAAGGAUUCCACAACAUGAGGUUACCAGUAAGCCUCCACUACUCGAAAUUAAUGUAAACGACUCUCAUAUAACAAGGAAAGGAAAAAGUAAUGUCCCAAAUGUUAAUGCGACAGGGCAGAAACCAGUAUCGCAUAUGCCAUCUUUGAAGACUCUACAAGAAAUAAGUAUCACUAUGCCUCCGCUUUCUACCAAUAGCGUGAAUAUCCCACAGAAAACAUUCGUUCAUCCUCCAGUUUCGGAAGCUCCACAAGGCAUAAGUACCGUUCGGCCUCUGCUUGAGCUGGGGGAUUCAAAUCUUCCCUAUGAUGACUUGAAUCCCGAGAAUAUAACCUCAAAACCCGUGGACGUGAAUUACGAAAAAUUCAAGAACAUGGACAAACUCGACCCAUAUAAUCCGCCACUAAAGAAGAUUUUGUUCUGGAAUGAAGUUUUUGGAGAUCAAUCCUUUUGGUUCGGGUUUGGUCGGGAGCCGUUCCUGCGGGCGGGGUGUCCCGUGAACACCUGCAUGACUACGUCAAACCGAUCCAGGUUCCCUCUUAAGGAUAUUGACGCUGUAUUGUUUCACUACCGGUCCGGGGAUAUUUCCUUUCCUAAAGAGCGGUUCCUCCAUACCCGCUACGUAUUCUGGCUGAUGGAGUCUCCAGCCCAUCUGUUUAGAAACAUUGAACCUUACACCAAUAUCUUCAACUGGACAUUUACCUACAGAUUGGACUCUGAUUUCGCAAUGCCGUAUGGCAGGGUAUACCGCCGCCGGAAGCCCCUCGAACCCAUUGAUAAGAACUACGCAGCCAACAAAACCAAGAUGGCUGCCUGGUUCGUCUCCAACUGCAAUACCAUCGGUGGGCGCAAAGUGCUGGUCAGUACGUUGAGACAAUGGCUCCAGAUUGACCAGUACGGUGGCUGUGGAGAACUCAAGUGUGGGAAACACGAAGCAAGAAAGUGUUACGCUAUGCUUUCUGCAAACUACAAGUUCUACUUCUCGUUUGAGAACUCUCUCUGCCGAGAUUAUGUGACAGAAAAGCUCUUCAAUAUAUUAAGGGUAGACGUGGUUCCCGUGGUGUAUGGACUAGCCAACUUAUCAGUUCAGGCGCCGCCACACUCCUACAUUGACGCUCUCAGCUUCCCCACAGCCAAGGCGCUGGCUGACUACCUCAUCUACCUCAACAACAAUGACACCGCCUACAAUGAGUACUUCAGAUGGAAAAGGUUUCACCAGAUUCCAAGUGACUGGUUAAACUUUGCCAAGCCGUACUGUGACAUGUGCGAGAGACUCCACAACGACAACACCACUAAAAUGUACGACUUGCUGAAGUGGUACGUCGACGACGCCCACUGCAAGACUCGGCACGACAAGGACAUCAGCAACUUCAUUAGUGGGCGAUAGGCGUACAACACCUCGAUGAACUUCUUCUACACCAUAAGCAUUUCCUCUUGAAGAAUAAAAUACCAAAGACACGAAGGCUCCGAAGUUAGCAACGGAGUUUCAGUUUCAGCUUCAGUUUCGAAAAUUAGCAAAGCUUCGAGUGGAAAGAAUGGCGUGUAUACGGCCCAGUGGACGACGUAUCGAGUCGUCGUCCUGAAGACGUACUCUUGUAGACUACUUUUUGUCCUCAACUCUGAAGCUCAAUUUAACUGGGGAAAUUAAGUCUUUUCUUACCUUGAGGAACUGGAGAAGGUUGUGGCCAAGUUCAGCUGAGGUUUCUGACGCAUUUGGCAACUGUGGAAGAUAGACACUAAACAUUAAACACUUAUUGAAAAAAUAACACAUUAUAGUAUAACAAAACUGCUCAAGUGUGCCUUGUCGAACUUAAUCAGAGAUUAGGUAACCUACUAACCCGUCCUGCUGGUAAUGUAUGUCCUUGGUAAUGUAUGUCCAGAUAUGAAUAUGAUGGAAAUUGUGCCCAAUACCUUUGACUGCUGCGCCUGUGUGACCUCAGUUUUGCAUUUAUAAACAAGGGGUUUGGCGGGUACAUAGAUAUCCACGGGCUCACCAUAGCCCGUGCUGCUUGGAACUGCUUGUUCCGGGUAGCGAAUCUUUAACAACAACAACAACAACGGGUACAUAGAAUGGACUUUGGCCUUUGUUUAUGAGCCCAGGCUGAUUGACUUACGACUGCUGUAUCACUUCGAAUAACGGUAGUUAUUCGAUAGUGGUAUUCGGUAGUUAUGAACCAAUACAAUUGCAUGAAAUGUUUAUUUCCAAGGAAGUGUGAAUGCCAAUUAACCUAACCUAUCGGCCCACGCAAAUAAAAACAAAACAAAAAACCGUGAAAGUUUGUGAAUGAUAUAUAGUAACCUUUUUAUUUGUUUGUUGGGGAUUUUGACGUCAAAAUUAUUCAAAUUUUGAAUAUAUUAUUCAAAUAUUUUAUUAUUAUUCAUAUAUUGAAUAAUUAAUAUAUUGUAUUAUUAAUGCAAUAUAAAUAUUGUAUUAAUAAUACAAUAUAUUAUUCAAUAUAUUGUAUUAUUCAAAAAGACAAGUUGCAGUUGUAGCGACAACUUCAAACCCUCUUCUGUUUUAUGAAGGAGGUUGAUACUUAUUUAUUAUUUAGACUGAAUACGGGUCUACGAUUAGCUUUCGAAUGUCUGUUAUUAUGUCUCAAUAUUCAUUAGAUAAUUUAAUGUACGCGUGUUAUUUAAAUAUAUAUAUGAAGAUUUUUAAGAAAUUAAAAUUUUUUAGGAAAA